AUGAGCUUCUUGAGGCCUUCUGCAAUGUACAACUUUGUAACAAGUUAUCCUGCUCUGCGAUGGAUGGCAUGUCAGAGUUGGGGCUUCCUUCGAUGGCCGGGUCUUGACGGAUUCUUUAGGCUUUUAGUAGUUGGACUUCUCUGGUCCACGUUCUCUGAGCUGCGCUUCAUACCCUCAUCUUCUAUGUUCCCCACCCUUCGUGUUGGUGAUCGAAUUAUUGUGGAAAAGGUUUCAUAUUAUAUCAGGAAUCCUUCUAUACAUGACAUUGUAACAUUUAAGGAUCCAACACAGUUAUUUGGAGAAAACACAGAAGCUGUUUUUAUUAAGAGAAUUGUAGCAAAAGCAGGAGACACUGUUGAGAUUAAUCAUGGGACACUCUACAUCAAUGGUGUUGCUCAGCAGGAAGAUUUCAUAGCAGAGCCACCAGCAUACACAAUGCCAUUAACUUAUGUGCCUAACGGCCAUGUUUAUGUGUUGGGGGAUAAUCGUAAUAAUAGUUAUGAUUCCCAUGUGUGGGGACCACUUCCUAUGAAGAACAUACUGGGAAGAUAUGUAGCGAGGCUUCCCACAUUCAGAGCAAGAAGUGAAUCUUCAGAAAAAAUGAGGCAGAGUCCUAGUUGCUUUCUCCCCAUGAUGGAUUUUACCCUGUCCAUGUUUGAGCUCACUGAGCAUAAUAAGCUUUUGGCAACGUCCCUCCAUUUGUUAUAA